AUUUGAAGUUUAUAGAUCUGAAAACCAAUUAUCAGCUUAUAUAUAAAAUAAUUGCUCUACCAAACCUUCACAACACCAAGCUACACUAGAAAAGUAGAAACCUAAAAAAAAUACUUCUCACGAUGCUCUCAUCCAAACACGCCUUUACUACUCAUCCCAGCACCACCGCCACCGUCCUCCUCUUUCUCCUCGUCACCGUCGCAAUCACACCGCCGACAACCACAGUCCUCGCCGGGAGCCACCACGUAAUCAACUUCCAGUCACCCAGCCUCUACCCCGAAUCCCUCGCGUGGGACCCAAACGCGCAGCACUUCCUUGUCGGAUCCAUCCGCCACCGCACCAUCUCCGCCGUCUCCGACGCUGGCGUAGUCGAAACCCUCAUCUCCGACCCCUCCCUCCCCGAAAACGUCACCAUCCUAGGAAUCACCGUCGAUCCCCGCAGCAACCGCGUCCUCGCCGCCCUCCACGCCAUGGAGCCGCUCCCUCCGUUCAACGCCCUCGCCGCCUACGACCUCCGCUCCCGCCGCCGCCUCUUCCUCACCCACCUCCCCUCCGAUCCCUCCGAACCAAAACGCCCAAUCGCAAACGACGUCGCAGUGGGCCCCAACGGCGACGCCUACGUCACCAACGCCGCCCACAACUUCAUCUGGAAAGUCAACACCAACGGCGAGGCUUCAAUCUUCUCAAACUCUUCAAGGUUCACGGAGUUCCCGGUGGACCGCGACUCACCGUACAGUUUCUGCGGCCUCAACGGCAUCGCUUACGUCAGCGGCGGCGGUUACCUCUUGGUGGAUCAAUCCAACACGGGCAAGUUGUUCAAAGUCAAUGCCGACGACGGCACGGCGAGGGCGGUGCUCUUGAACGAGAAUCUUAAGGGUGCCGACGGCGUCGCGGUGAGGCGAGACGGCGUCGUUUUGGUGGUGUCGCCGGAAGUGAACAAGCUGUGGUUUCUGAAGAGCAAUGAUGGGUGGGGGGUGGGUGUGGUGUUUGACCAAAUUGACCUUGACGAGGAAGGGUUUCCUACUACUGUUGUUUCGCGGGAGAGGGAUAGGUCAACUUACGUGUUGUAUGGGAACUUCAUUGAGGGUGUUUCGGGAAAUUCAGUGAGGGAGGGGUUUAGGAUUGAGGAGGUGAGGUCUCCCAAGGAGGGAGAGGGUGAGAAUGUUUGGAUGUAUGUGAUGAUUGGAUUUGGGUUGGCUUAUUUCUUGUAUUGGAGGUUUCAGAUGGGUCAGCUUGUCAAGAACAUGGAUAAGAAGGUCAAUUAAAUUGACUCAUUCUUCCAAGUUUGAGGUUUUUGUUUUGGACAGAACAAGAUGUAAUUCAAUUCUGUGUUUUUUUUGUUUGAAAAAAAUUAGUUCAUAGAAGUGAAAAUGGUCUCCGUAUGAUGUUACAUGUACCAAUAUUUGAAUUAAUGUUAAAUGUGGCUGUGUUUUGUUGUA